AUGGAGCAAUAUCUCCCCCACUACACGUCUGGAAACUCGAGUCUUUGCAGCCCUUUGUCCUUCCCUAGUGUUGACCUCCCGAACAUUGAAGUCCUCGCCCUCACGGCAAUACCGCGCGAAAACUACACCUAUAUACCGUCUACUGCUCCUCCACCCUUUUCUACCCCUAUUACUGGUCUAAACUUUUGCAACGUUACUGUCUCGUACACACACCCCGGCUGGAACGACACUAUCGUGACAAGUAUUUACCUCCCAGCGAAGAACUGGAAUGGACGGUACCAAGCGCAUGGCGGCGGCGGCUGGGUGACGGGUGGGUCAGGAACACUAUUCACUGGCUUCAUGUCUGCACUGGCAGACGGCUUCGCGGUCAGCACCACCGAUGGCGGGCAUAUCAGCGACUUUGCCGCUCUAGCAGGUCCCACGAUGCCCUGGGCGCUGACGAGUCCCGGAAACGUGAAUUGGCCCUUGCUCGUUGACUUUGCGUAUGUGGCCUUGCACGACACGGCUCUGCUGUCCAAAUCGGCGAUUCACGACUUUUACGCAGAUCCACUCAAGUACUCGUACUGGUUCGGUGGGUCACAGGGCGGAAGGCAAGGGCACAUGUUUGCACAGCGAUACCCAGAGGAUUUCGACGGUAUUGUAGCCUUGUUUCCGGCAGUGUGUUAUAUCCAGCUGUUCGCGCUCAUUGCAUGGCCUAUGUUUGUCAUGGACAAGGAGGGUGUAUAUCCCCCUCCUUGCGAGAUUGAAGCCAUUACCGCAGCUGCAAUGGGAGCCUGUGAUACCCUCGAUGGGGUAGAGGAUGGCAUGAUAUCGCGGCCGGACCUCUGCACGUUCGACGCACACAGUGUCGUUGGCCAAGCGAUCGAUUGCGAAGGAGUGCCGUCCACUAUCUCCAAAGGCGCUGCAGUCAUAACACAAGCCAGCUGGGACGGCCCACGCAGCUCCACAGGCGAGUUUCUGUGGUACGGAUACCAGCGCGGCUCCAACAUUUCCGUUCUAGGCGCCCCAGCAGGAACCAUAUGCACGGCUGACAACAGCACUGGCACCAAUACAUGUGAUGCAAAUACCUCGUUGCAAGUCUGGUUCAACUACUGGGUUCAGAAAUACCCUGAUGAAACUAUCCGCAACAUUACACACGAGCAGUGGGACGAUCUCGUCUACGCUUCUGCACAAGAGUACGAAUCUGUCAUUGGGACAUGCAACCCUGAUCUCUCGCGCUUCAAGCGUGCAGGCGGAAAGAUGAUCGUCUGGCAUGGGCUGGCGGAUAAUCUCGUUACUGCUAACGGGACGGCGGAUUAUUACGACCGUGUCACAGCUCGCGAUCCAGACGUACAUGAGUACUACCGUGUCUUCCUUGCACCGGGUAUUGGGCAUGAUGCUGGCGCGGCAAUCAGGGUUCCAGAUAUGAACAAGUAUAUCAUAGACUGGGUGGAAAAGGGUGUUGCUCCAGAGGUGCUGCGCGAGACGGGUAUGGAUGUCAAGGGCAAUCCCGUGGAGAGGGACAUUUGUGCUUAUCCCAAGGUUCAGCAUUAUAUUGGUGGUAAUUCAACCAAAGCGGAGGCUUUCAAGUGUGUGUAG